CAACUGUAUCCAGAUCUCUCAACACUUUGGCGAUGACUUUGGCCAAAUUUGAAGAUGUUAUUCAACAACUGCAAGGCAAUGACCCUGUUCAAGUCUAUAGAGCUCUAAAAAUUGUGAAAAACUCUAUCAUUGGGAACAGAACGAAAAAAGCACAGUAUGCGAAUUCAGGCAUUAUUCAUAGACUUGUUCAGCUACUGUCCCCUUCAAAUGGCGUCUCCGAAGAUCUUCGUAUGCAAGCGGCGACUAUUCUGGGCAGCUUCGCACAUGGGAAUGAUGAAAUUGUAUCGCAGAUAAUAGCGGCCGGUGCGAUACCACAAUUGCUCAAUGCACUGACGUUACCAAGCGACACUCCACCAGCAAUUGCAGUGGAACAAAACAUCAAGAUGCUAGAGGCGGCUACCCGUGCAUUGAAGGCUAUUUAUUCUUCUGGAAAAGCGUACAAAAAAGAUAUCUAUACGAGCAACCGCCUGGACAACAUCAUGACUAUCCUUAAAGUGACUACAGCUGCUAUCAGCGAAGAAGCAAAUCAAGCUUCACAGACUGCGUCGUUUGUGAUGAUUGCGGAGCUUACUACAUCUAUCAUUGCACGUUGCUGUACAACACAUGAAGAGCAAACAUUCCUUAGUCAGUGUGGUGUGAUUGAACCGCUCGUUGCGUUGUUACAUUCUGGAUACACAAAGGCACAGGAAGCUGCUUUGGACGCUUUUUCAUCGUUAUGCCGCGAGAAUAUCGAUAUAUCAAGAGCUUCGCUCAAUGCACGAGCUCCAUUCGGACAGAUGACUUUGACUACCAUGCUGGAUUUAGUAAGAGACAAGAGCCAGAGUAUGCGUUUGGCCGCGGCGACUUGUCUGACUAAUAUCUAUAGAGCGGAUGUUUUCCCAGAGCCUUUCUCGGAUAUUGUGCUCGUCGUUUUACCAACCUUGAUUAAAUUGUUGAAGGAAGACAAUACUUUGGUUCAAGAAAAAGCUCCUUUGAUUAUGGCUGAUUUGGUUAAAGAUAGUGAGACCAUGCAAAAGGCGGCAUAUGAAGCCGAUGCCAUCCCAAACCUUGCCUCUAUACUAGCGAGCGUUUCUAAGGAAGACGAUGAGACUAAUGAGCAUCGGAUAGGAGUGCAAGGCUCUGGCGGACUGGUUGCAUCCAAGGAAAAAGUGAAAGAGAAUUGUCUCAUCGCGCUUGCCGCUGUUUGUUUGCUAAGAGAAGAAUGCAGGACUCAAGCCAUCAACUCAAAAAUCCUACCUUAUGCUGUUGGAGCUAUGUCCAGUCACAAUCCAGCUAUUCGACUGGCGGCGUGUCAAUGUAUAAAAUCACUUUCACGUAGUGUUCGACAUCUGCGAACUCACCUUGUGGAUGCCGGUGUGAUCAGUCCACUAUUGAAGCUGCUUGACGAUGGAUCUCCUGUCGUCCAAGCCGCCGCAUGCGGUUCCCUAUGUAAUAUGAUUUUGGAUUUCUCACCCAUGAAGAAGACCGUCAUUGAAGAAGGAGGACUGGCUAGUUUUGUUAAAUUCACGCAUUCCGACAACGCAGCCCUAAAAUUAAAUUCGGUUUGGUCACUGAAGAACCUGCUAUACAGUGCAGAUUCUGAGAUCAAGCGAACCGUGAUGCAACAAUUGGGAUAUGACUAUCUUAUUGAACUGUUGAACGAUUCUUCUUUGGAAGUGCAAGAGCAAGCUCUGGAUCUUGUGCGAAAUCUUGCUUGUGGAACAAAAGAGGAUAUUGAUGAUGUAUUCAACGGUAUUGGCGAGAACCAGCUGCUUGAUAUUUUGGAAAGGAGGUUGACCAAUAGCAUGAUGAUUGAUGACGGUGGAGACAACGCAUCUCUAACCUUAGAACCGGCAUUAUAUACACUUGUCAAUAUCGCUGUAGGAAGCAGUCAGCACAAGUCAGCUCUACUCAAACGACCAGAACUUAUGCAGAGCAUCGUCCGACACAUGUCGCACGAAAAAGCUUCCAUACGAAGCUCUACAGCUUGGUGCAUCAUUAAUUUGACUUGGUCAGACAAUGAGGACAAAGUACUUCCAGAAUGCUUUGUCAUACUUAAGGACCUCGGUGUGGAAGAAAAGUUGAAGGUAAUGGAGAGCGAUCCGGAGCGUGACGUUCGAGAUCGUGCGAGGACGGCAUUAAGCCAACUUACCAGCCUCUCCGAUAUGCAAGAAGUAUAAUUAGCUGUACUGCUUUUCAAUUCUUCUAGCUAGCUAUCAAGGAGGUUAUUAGAACAUUUCUGUAUAACAUAACUGCACAUAACAAAGCUAACAUGAAAGGGUGCGGUAGCAAAUGACCCAGCCUUAUUUUUUUUAUUAAAGACAAUUCGUAACCAGUAGGUUGCUACAACAGUGUUCUUUGAAUAAGUUACUAUAGUUCAAUAUCAAUGUCUCCAGUUUUGAUCUGGGAUUUAGGACAAAGCUGAUGCC